AUGCGAUAUUUUUACUUGUGUAUUUCCGUUCCUCUAGACAUUAUUGAUAACCAAGAUGAUGUUUGGGGAAAGGUAAUCUCACUCAAUCCAGAUGUUCAUACGUUUAUGACCAGUUAUAAUCCUGAUGGUUCUGGAUAUUCUUACAACAUAAGACAAGGAAGUUCUGCAUUUGCAAGAUCAUCAAGUACACUGAGGAAUACACGUCCAAGAUAUGUGGAUGUU